AUGCUGCAGACCCUCUGGCGUUUUCUGUCCAGCCUCUUUACCAGGGCCAUAUGCCAAGGUCCUGCAGAAGGAAAAGAGAAUGGGGCCAGAGAGACGACCCCAAUUCCAGACCCAGGGGACCAGGGGCCAAACCUGUUGGGGAAGCCACAGGACAGAGGGGCUGAUCCCACUGAAAGGAGACCAACUAUCUUACUGGUGGUUGGACCCGCAGAGCAUUUUCCAAAGAAAAUUGUGAAAGCUGGAGACAAGGACCUGGAUGGGCAGCUGGACUUUGAGGAGUUUGUUCACUAUCUCCAAGAUCAUGAGAAAAAACUGAGGCUGGUCUUCAAGAGCUUGGAUAAAAAGAAUGAUGGCCGUAUCGAUGCCCAGGAGAUCAUGCAAUCCCUCCGGGACCUGGGAGUCAAGAUCUCUGAACAGCAGGCUGAGAAGAUCCUCAAGAGAAUAAGGACAGGCCAUUUCUGGGGUCCUGUCACCUACAUGGAUAAAAAUGGAACUAUGACAAUUGACUGGAACGAGUGGCGAGACUAUCACCUGCUGCAUCCAGUGGAGAACAUUCCUGAGAUCAUCCUGUACUGGAAGCACUCAACGAUCUUUGACGUGGGAGAGAAUCUGACAGUCCCCGAUGAGUUCACAGUGGAAGAGAGGCAGACGGGCAUGUGGUGGAGACAUCUGGUCGCGGGUGGAGGUGCAGGUGCAGUGUCCAGAACCUGCACAGCUCCAUUGGACCGGCUGAAAGUGCUCAUGCAGGUCCAUGCCUCCCGCAGUAACAACAUGUGCAUCGUUGGUGGCUUUACCCAUAUGAUCCGAGAGGGCGGGCCCAAGUCGCUGUGGCGGGGGAAUGGCAUCAAUGUCCUGAAGAUUGCGCCAGAGUCUGCCAUCAAAUUCAUGGCUUAUGAGCAGAUCAAACGGUUCAUUGGCACUGACCAGGAAAUGCUGGGAAUUCAUGAGCGGCUAGUGGCUGGUUCUCUGGCAGGGGUCAUUGCUCAGAGCAGCAUCUACCCAAUGGAGGUUCUGAAGACCCGAAUGGCCUUGCGGAAGACAGGACAGUAUUCAGGCAUGCUGGACUGUGCCAAGAACAUCCUCUCCAAGGAAGGAAUGGCUGCCUUCUACAAAGGCUACAUCCCCAACAUGCUAGGAAUCAUUCCAUACGCUGGUAUUGACCUGGCAGUCUAUGAGACGUUAAAAAAUACCUGGUUACAACGCUAUGCUGUGAACAGUGCUGACCCUGGAGUGUUUGUUCUCCUUGCUUGUGGCACCAUCUCCAGCACCUGUGGGCAGCUGGCCAGUUAUCCCCUGGCUCUUGUGAGAACACGCAUGCAGGCUCAAGCUUCAGUGGAGGGAGCUCCAGAGGUGACAAUGAGGGGACUCUUCAAACACAUUCUAAAGACAGAGGGAGCAUUUGGCCUCUAUCGGGGUCUGGCCCCGAACUUCAUGAAGGUGAUCCCAGCCGUAAGCAUCAGCUACGUGGUUUAUGAGAACUUGAAGAUGACCCUGGGGGUGCAGUCACGGUGA